UUUCAGGUAUUUCUUAAUAUAUAAUAAGUGCAUAUGAAAUUAUACAUAAAUCAAGCUAUUAUAGAUUUCACACAAAAACAUAAUAAAACUAUAUCAUAUAUUACUAUUAAAUCUUAAAUGUAUAAGGAAGUGAUUUGAAAUAUUAAUGAAUUUUGUCACCCCAAUUUCCUGGUUUCCUUCACAUCAGAAAUAUUACUUUAUCACCUUGUAUAGAAACCUGUCUAUCACUUACCUGUAUAAUUGAAAUUGAAUUAGACCCUUCAGUUUUCACAAGUAAUGUAAAGAAAUUAAAAGUAGACAUUUUCUAACAAUUAAAAUGGUCAAUUAUCACAAUAUAGUGACAUACCACAGUCUAUAAUUGCUUUAUUGCUGCUCUUAUCAAUUAGAUCUUUUAAUGAUGAGAAUAAUUGAUAAAAAAAGGGAGCACAAUUUAAAAAAUAUAGAUAAUUAUUGAAGAUUUGAUGAUAAUUUUUCAAAUUGUGCAUUGUUUUUGAAAGGAUGUGCUUGAUUAAUUGACCAGGAGUAAAUGUUUUUAAAUCUUUAGUUAACCAACUCAGUGUCAGAUCUACUUGAUUAGGUUGACCAAUGAAGUGAAACAAUUAGGAUACUCCUAGUAUAAAAUCAAAUUGGCCACUGGCAAUUUCAAACAUUUGUGUUGUGAAUUUUACUAGAUACAGUACAGUGAAAUAGCCUUAAGUAUUUGGAAAUAUUUGGAAUAGCCUUAAGUCUCAGAGUUUUUGUGAUUGAGUUGUGACUUUGUGUAUUUGAUAGUGACUUAAUUUGUUAAUGAACUAAGAAAAAAAUCCUGCAAGCCAUAUUGCUUGAGGUACUUUUUUUGAACAUUUUGAUUGAUAAAAAGUGAGGUAAAAUGGCAACUGAGUUGACACCGCUACCAAAUAAUAAUAACAACAUUGGAAUGCCGGGAGACUUGAAACCAAAUGUACACUUUACGGAUUUAGGAAGAGCUUCCCCUACCUACUACAAACAGGAGAAUGUUCAGUCAGCAUUUGAACGUGUAGAGAAUGGACACCUAGGCGGCGAUGAAAGACGAGAUUUAUUUAGCAACCAGUCUGGAUUUCUUCCUGCACCAGUCUCUUCAGUUGGAUCAUCACACUUUACAUCAUUUCCACCACAGAUUUCGGACUACCAGACGCCAUAUUUUCCACCACCGUUUAAUCCCAUUCCACAUCAGCCUCCGCAGUUUCAGUCACAUUUUAACCCAGAUCCUUACUCGCAUUUGCCAAAUUUUCCAACAACGCAGCAUCAUUACCAGCCGAUCACAUCAGUGUCAGACAGAAGCUUGCAGCAACAUCGCGAUGACUUGCAGAAUUUACCUGGAGCCCAGAUUCAUAAUGAUUACGGUGUUAUGCCAAAAGCAGACUAUCAGAUGCAUCCUGGAAUGCAGCCGAUGGCUUUUGCUGAACACGACCAAGACAUGAUGCACAUGAAUGGCGGUGAUUUUAUGAAUGGUGACAAUAGCGAAGAUGAAGACAGUGGCCAUGGAGGAAAUAAAACUUCCGUUAUCAAAAGAGUGGUACAACCAAAGACAGAAUUCUCAAAACCAAUCAUGGUAAAUGGGAUGGCACAGGGAGUUCAAAUGGAUGUAUUCUGCGCAGUGCCAGGACGCCUUGCGCUUCUCAGCUCGACUUCAAAGUAUAAGGUUACAUUAGCCGAAGUUCAGCGCAGGUUAAAUCCCCCAGAGUGUAUUAAUGCUUCCUUGCUAGGGGGAAUCUUGAGGAGAGCAAAAGCCAAAAAUGGAGGACGAUGCCUUAGGGAGAAACUCGACAAACUUGGUAUGACUUUACCAUCAGGAAGAAGGAAAGCUGCAAACGUUACCUUGUUCACAUCUCUAGUUGAAGGCGAAUCUAUUAGACUAGCUCGGGAUUAUGGUUACCUAUGUGAAACAGAAUUUCCAUCUAAAGCAUGUGCAGAGUACAACUCGAGACAGUACACAGAUCCAAAUGACCAGCAUACCAGGAAAAACAUGAUACUGGCCACAAAGCAAAUUCUCAAGGAGUUGAUGGACUUACUAAACCAGGAUCGAUCCCCGCUCGGCAACACACGACCCCAGGUUAUACUGGAACCGAACAUGCAGCAUCAUUUAUCACACUUCAGCCUUAUCACUCACGGAUUUGGUUCUCCGGCAGUUGUUGCAUCACUAACUGCAGUACAAACUUAUCUCAAUGAAAUGUUGAAAAUAGUGGACCCAACUAUGAAAAAUGGAGAAAAGAAAGGAAAAUAGAUUUUAUUCACAUAUAUGAGAUAACAAGUGACUUACCAGUAUAUUUGAGCCGUGCCAUGAGAAAACCAACAUAGUGGG